AAUUUCCUCCAUUCUCAAUCAAUCUAUCUCUGUAGACUGCAGACAGCAAUGGACAAGAACAACCAGGAGGAAGAAGAUCAAAUCGUGACUCCAUGGGAAGUGGCUGCUGAUAAGGGCGGCAAAAUCGACUAUGAUAAGCUAAUCGACAAAUUUGGCUGCCAGCGCCUCGAUCAGUCCCUCAUCGACCGUGUGGCUCGUCUCACGGGUCGCCCGCCGCAUGUCUUCCUCCGUCGCGGCGUGUUCUUCGCCCACCGAGACUUCAGUGAUAUUCUCGACGCUUAUGAGAAAGGGGAGAAGUUUUAUCUGUACACUGGUCGUGGUCCGUCGUCCGAAGCAUUGCAUUUGGGGCAUCUCGUGCCUUUCAUGUUCACCAAAUAUCUGCAAGAUGCAUUCAAGGUGCCUCUAGUGAUUCAGUUGACAGAUGAUGAGAAAUGCAUGUGGAAGAAUUUGACAGUGGAAGAAAGCCAGAGACUUGCAAGAGAAAAUGCUAAAGAUAUUAUUGCUUGUGGAUUCGACGUUUCGAGGACAUUUAUUUUCUCCGAUUUUGAUUAUAUUGGAGGUUCCUUCUACAAGAAUAUGGUCAAGAUUGCUAAGUGUGUCACAUACAAUAAGGUGGUUGGUAUUUUUGGUUUUACUGGCGAAGAUCACAUUGGUAAAGUGAGCUUUCCGCCUGUUCAGGCGGCUCCUUCCUUCCCCAGUUCAUUUCCACACCUGUUCUCCGGUAAAGAUAAUCUUCGGUGUUUGAUUCCUUGUGCGAUUGACCAGGAUCCUUACUUUCGAAUGACACGGGAUGUUGCACCUCGGAUUGGUUAUCACAAGCCUGCCUUGAUUGAAUCAUCAUUUUUUCCUGCACUUCAGGGAGAGACAGGGAAAAUGUCCGCGAGUGAUCCGAAUUCUGCUAUAUAUGUGACUGACACUGCCAAGGACAUUAAGAACAAGGUAAAUCGGUAUGCAUUCUCUGGUGGGCAAGAUUCAAUAGAAAAUCACAGGAAGUUUGGAGCAAACCUCGAGGUCGACAUCCCGGUUAAAUAUCUUGGUUUCUUCUUGGAGGAUGAUGCGGAACUCGAACACAUCAGAACGGAAUACGGCACAGGCCGUAUGCUAACUGGUGAAGUAAAGAAACGGCUUAUCGAAGUUUUAACCGAAUUGGUUGAAAGACAUCGCAGAGCUCGAGCUGCUGUAACCGACGAGAUGGUCGAUGCGUUCAUGGCUGUAAGGCCUCUUCCCAAUAUGUUCAGUUGAUCCUAUGAACCAUAAAUUUCAAUUAUCUAUUAUUUUGGGAGGAUGUCCGAAGAGGCAUUUCCUACGACGAAUCGAACACGGAAAGGAUUGUAAGCUUAUUCGCCCAAAGAAAUUGUUGUCUUUUUUUCUUGGAUGUGCUUUCGUAACUAUAAAGUUUUUGGCUUUGAUUUAAAUUUUAAUAUUA